AUGAAUGUGCCGCUCGUCGAGCCACCCAGUACUGGCGCUUAUGAUUUCCCAUCACUCCUCAUCAAGGGCUACUUUGACAACCCGAACCAGCCAUACAAACUCGCCGGCCCCAAGUCGGACCUCAUCUUGUUGCCCCCGAGGUAUGCCGGGGAGCUUGGUACCUAUGGAAGCAGCAAGCUCAGCUUUGGGGCCGCGAUUCACGACUUUUGGGUCUCCCCGCACACCACCUGGAGAUACCAUCUCGAUGAUGAAACGGGCCGCCAAACUCUGAUGGGCAGCUUCAAACGUAACGGUGCAAACAUUGUGCGGCAGUUGGACGAGGAAAUCAUACUUGCGUUUUCGCAGUGGCGGGAUGUUACAGACCACUGGACCGAACUUGCCAUCAACCCCAGCAUCCGGCCUCUGAUUAAUCAAACGUUUGGCCGCGUCCUGGUCGGUGCACCCUUGUGCCGCAGCAAGGAGUGGCUUGACUGUGCAUCCGGGCUCGGGCUGAAAUUGAUGCUGGCGGCUCGGGACCUCCGCGGCUUCCCGAGCUGGGCGCAACCGUGGGUUAAGCAUUUCUUGCCAACAUACCGGGCACUCAUGGGGGCGCGACGGCCUUUGGUCCGCUUAUCCGAGCCCUUGGUUCGCAAAAAGCUGUCGGGCCUUGGCAUGGAAAAGAUCAACGGGCGGGAGGAUCACGAUAUGAUCAAUUAUCAAAUCAAGCACGCUGUGGGGUGGAGGGCAAUGGACGUUGAUUUCCACACAGGUCAACUAUUUGACAAUGUUUUUGCCGGCGAUAAUCAACUAGUCAACGCUCUCUUACAGUGCAUAUACGAUUUGGCAGCACACCCCGAAUACCACGAGCCUUUGCGCGACGAGAUCCGUGCCGUGUGCGGAAAAGAUGACCAGCUAACCAUUGAAAGCCUGGCACGGCUCAGAAGGGUGGACAGCUUCAUGAAGGAGGUCGUCCGCCUCCGACCCGGCACGCUGAUUGUGAUGGCACGCAAGGCCCUGGUCGACGUCACUCUAUCCGAUGGUCUUGUAGUGCCACGAGGCGUCACCGUGGCCAUGCCAUCUUUUGCGCUCAACCACGACCCUUCAAUCUACGGUGACGACGCGGCCGAGUUCAAGCCGUUUCGCUUCGUGCAAGAUGACCAAGAGGGAGACUUCACCAAGGUAACACCGGCCCACCUGGCAUUCGAAUCUACCGUGGGCGCCGGCCUUGAUUUUGGCCGCGGGAAAGCCACCUGUCCCGGAAGGUAUUAUGCACUCUGGGUCAUGAAAGUGGUGUUUGUUCGCUUCGUCCUCAACUACGAAGUUAAGCUCAAGCCUGGGGCUGAGAGGCCGCCCAAUAUUGAUGCAAACGUGCACAAGAUUGCGAAUCUACAGGGUGAUAUUUUGAUCCGAAGGCUACAGUGCUAG